ACCGAUCGAACCGUACUCUGCAUGCUGCGCGUAGUGUACUACGUGCGUGGUGUGUUUACAUUUUGUAUUUUAUGUCGUCAAUCUACGGUGUUGUGAUACACACAGUCAUUUAUAAUAGUCGGUGCUCAGCUAACUCACACUCUUUAUAACUGAAAAUUCUUUGAAUCUGUGGCUGUCUAGCUCUCGAUAAAAACGAUACAAUUUUCAUAACUGUAAUUUUUAAUAGUGGACAUUGUCAUCAGUCAGAGGUCAUCAUCACGAGCUUGUGGUUGUGCGCCCGUCCGUAAAAAGUAACCAGCAGCGGAGAACAAGAACGAGCCUUGAAUCUAUUCCAGGUCACCACGCCACACACUCACUUUCGCUCUUUCUGAUUUAGGGAAAAACAACUCGAAGUAAGAAGUUAGAAAAAUGGAUGAGAAGGCAGUAAAAAUUUGCAAGAAACCUAUAGAAGAUGGCGACGCUUCCUCGUCGGCGGGUUCCAGUGAUGUUGUGGUCCUUCGUCGUGAGAUCGGGCUUUGGGGAUGUGUUUCCAUCUGUGUUGGGAUUAUGAUCGGCUCCGGGAUCUUCAUCUCCCCAAAAGGCAUCCUACAAAAUACCGGCACGGUCGGCAUGGCGCUGGUCGUUUGGGUGGCGACCGGGGUCAUGUCCGGACUUGGGGCUCUGUGCUUCGCCGAACUCGGUACCACCUUCGCAAAAUCUGGAGGCGAGUACGCCUUCCUGCUGGAGGCUUUCGGCCCACUGGCCGCCUUCUUGAGACUCUGGGCGAAUAUCAUCGCUAUUGGCACGGGAACAAUUGCCGUGCUUGCGAUCACUUUCGCCCACUACACUCUGGCCGCUUUCUUUGGUGAUUGCCAGGAUGUACCCACCAACGCAGUACGUCUCGUGGCAGCUAUGAUUAUAUUUGUGAUUUUCUACAUAAACAGCGUGAGUGUGACGUGGACCACUAGAGUGCAGGUGUUCUUGACCAUUGCUAAGGUGAUCGGUCUUGCCAUCAUCAUCUUCACUGGAAUCGUCAUGCUCUUCAAAGGUGAAACUGAACACCUUCAGAAUGCGUUUGAAGGCUCUGAGAAUACCGACCCUACUCUUAUACCACUGGCUUUCUACUCUGGUCUCUUCGCAUAUGCUGGCUGGCAGAUGUUGGCUCAAGUAACGGAAGAGAUUCAAAAUCCUUCAAGAAACCUUCCUCUCGGCGUAUUGCUAUCUGUGGGAAUCGUCAUGGUGGUUUACGUGAUGACCAACAUCGCCUACUUCACCGUGGUCUCACCCCAGGAACUCCUUGCCUCAAAAGCCGUUGCCGUGACAUUUGGUGAACGUAUGUACGGACCGAUGUUAUUCAUUAUUCCCCUCGCGGUGGCUCUCUCCUGUGCUGGUUCAAUUAACGGAAGUCUGCUUAGUGACUCAAGAACCACGUUUGCAGCUGCCAGAGAGGGCCAUCUUCCCAGGAUCUUGGCCAUGAUCCACAUCCACAAACGUACCCCGAUGCCUGCAGUGCUCCUUAUGUUACCGAUCUGUCUGGUCAUGCUGACUAGUGACAACGUCUACAGCCUCAUCAACUACCUGAGCUUUGCUAAGUGGUUAUUCCUUGGACUCUCUGCGGCUGUCCUCCCCUACAUGAGGUGGAAGAAACCCGAUAUUCCACGCCCAUUUAAGGUCAGCUUGAUUAUUCCAAUUCUCUUCAUACUGUCCUGCUUGUAUGUGGUUGGCGUCUCGCUCUACUCAGCGCCCUUAGACUGUGGUAUCGGUCUGGGUAUCUUACUGACGGGGGUACCCGUCUACUACCUGUGUAUCUGGUGGGAUAACAAACCCGAAUGGGUGGAUGUAUAUAUGGAUAAACUGACUCUGUUCCUGCAAAAACUUAUGUUGGUCGUUGUGCAAGAGAAGAAAACUUAUUGAGGUGUCCGUCUGUCCUAGAUUUCUAUGGUCUUCCUGUUUACUGGAUAGCAUCAGUGGGUAUAAGAAAACGAACCGAACCAAUGACAUCAUUACAGGGUACUUUCUGGCUUCAAUUUUGUGGCACUGUUGCAAAAUGCAAUGGUUAGUAGUGCCACAAAAUUAAGUAAAGUUUGAGAACUGAGUUUCACAUCAAAGAUUGGAGGGAAAACUCCCAGAAACCUGUAAACAGGCAUGAUAUUUAGUAGAUGGAAACUUGCAUCGAAGAUAGAGGAAAGUAAUUUUGGUUUUACCCAUAGUAUACACUGAUGUGUGAUUAUUACGGUGACACAUAUAUACUAAACAGUGCUAACACAUAUCCAUGUAUUUGGGUAAAACCACAAUAUUAAUAGGUAUGAUAUUCUUCCUACUUGAGUAGAAGACGAUCAGAGCAUACUGAUCGAACAACGAGUUGA